AAGAAGAAGAAGUAAACAGGAAAAUGAAUGCUUCUGGUAACUCAGCAUUUCUUUUUCUUUUUUUCAUCAUCUUAUUAUCAGUUGAAAGGGACUCGAGAUAUACCCAUUGUUCCGAACACUGCAUCUGAGAUAAGGCGUAGUAGUACUAGGGGCGAAGAAAGAACACAAGGAGGUCUACCACGAGAAAAAUUCGGCGCGCACGACCAGCCACGAAGCUCGCCCGUGGCGAUGAAGUGCUUCGGCCACCGCCCUUACCAUCUGGCCGGAGUCCUCAUCCUUGGGGUCUUGUUGUAUGUUGUCUAUUUCCCUUCUCGCGAAGUCGGGACGCCGCUCCAGGUCGCCUCCAGUCCCUCCGUCGUCGUCCUCGCCGAGAACCACAACUCGCCGCCGGCCAGACCCCUUGCCCUCCGAACAGAUACGACAGGUUCGAAAGGCGACGUCGAGGAAACAGCGACCGACAGUGGGACUUCCCCUCUCGCCUCUCCCUCCUCUUCCUCCGUCAGUUCGCCACGCCACGCCAAAAAUCAGACGUCGAAGGCCUGCUCCUUGGAGGUAGACUUGGCUCCUUGUUCCUGUUCUCGGACCCUCUCCCUCGAGGUGCCUGGGGCCUGUCCUCAGACGUCGACUGAGGCGCUGAAGAGGAUCAGCGAGUCGGUGGGGCAAUCGACGUGUAGCGAGGCAGCGACUCUGAGGGGCCGCGGCCAGAAGGUCGCAAGUUUCACGGUCUAUGGACAGUACCCAACAGAGUACCACAGUGCCUUACAGCGGUUCCUAAUACCCCGGGUGGCGGAAGUGUACCCUGGCUGGGUGAUGAGGGUGUACCACGAUCUAAGUUACAGCGAUGAGCAUCAAAAGGAAUGGCUGUGCAACAUCACCUGUACAAAUCCACAUGUUGAUUUAUGUGAUGUUAGGCGUUUGCCUGACCUGGGCGACAUCCACACCGGGACGGGCACCACCUGGAGGUUCUCCGUCAUGGGCGAUCCUCUCGUGGACAACUACAUCAUCAGGGACUCGGACGCCCCUAUUCUGCAGAGGGAGGUGGACGCCGUCGGUCAGUGGCUGCAACUCGGCACGUGCUACCACGUGAUGCGGGACACGAAAUUCCACGGCGUCUACAUCAUGGCGGGUAUGUGGGGCGGCUGCAACACCUGGAAGUCAGACGAGGCUCGGACCGUGCGGGAUACCAUUCUGAAAAACGCCAAAAGGCAUUACGAAGACCAGACUAAUCUCAAUUUCAGACUGUGGCCCAGAAUCCGCAGCAACGUGACCCAGCACGACUCGUACCUCUGCUACAGGUAUCCUGGGUCGCUGCCCUUCCCUUCGGAGCGGUUCAACUUCACCUUCGUCGGCGCGAGGACCUACCGCCAGAAGCACGUCAAGGACAGAGUGUAUGGAGAGUGCCCUGUGGGGUGUAGACCGAAGGGCCAUGAAGAAUGGUUGUAUUGCUGAUCUGCGAGUGGCCAGCUAUGCGGAAAGAAUCUGGAAGUUCAGGAUCUUGUUGGUGUAAGGCAUGUGUGGAGGGAUGCUUUGGUGUGGCACGUGGCUCGCCUGUUUACUGCUGUCCUAAAAGGCUUUCUGUGUGUGUGUGUGUGUGAGAGAGAGAGACACACACAGAGGGAGAGAGAGAGAGAGAGAGAGAGAGAGAGAGAG